AUGGAGGAGGAAAAUUUGAAAUUGUUUUCAUAACAUGAAUAAUAAGCAGCAGAAUUAUAAGUUUAUGAGCUUAUAAAAUUCUAGCAAGUGCAAGAAAUACUUAAGAAGUAGGAAGAAGAAGAUUUUCUUUUUGCGUAAAUGAUUGAUUAGCAGAGUGAUCGAAGUGAUUUAGCAAAUAAAUUAGUACCUAUUGUAGUUGGAGAAAAUUAAAUCGAAAGCAAUAAAAACUAAGUUGAUGAGGUCUAAAAUAAUCAAGAGAGUAGUGAAAGAGAUGAUGAAGUACAAAAGGAAAAAGUUUGUCUUCUUUCGAAGAAUGGCUAAUUAAAUGCUAUUUCUGCCCUGAAUGCCACUUUGAUUAAAGAUAUGUUCCUUGAAGGCUAGUGUUUCAAAUAUAAUGAUAAUAUAAGUCUUACAGCAAGAGUUUUAUUCUGA